AUGACUGUGACCAUUACUGUCACCAAUACCGCAACCGUCACCGUUACCGUCUGUGUUACUAUUACCAUUAUGGUUACUGUCACCGUAACUGUCACCAUCAUCGUUACCAUUACCGUUAUCUUGACCGUAACCUUUACUAUAAUCGUUAUCGUAACCAUUACCAUCACUGUUACCGUCACCAUCACUCCUACCGUCACUGUUACCAUUACCAUCACCUUUACUGUCUCCAAUACUGUUAACGUAACAAUUAGCAGUACCGUUAAUGUUACUGUCACCAUUACCGACACCUUUACCAUUACCAUUACUAUUACCUUUACCGUUACCAUUACAGUGACCGUCACCAUUACCACUACCGUUACUACUUCUACCACCGUCACUCUAGCCGUUAUCGUCACUGUUACCAUCACCGCUAUAGUCACCGUCACAGUUACAAUUACCAUUACUCUCACCGUCAUUAUUACCAUUACCAUUACCAUCACCAUAACCGUUAAUGUAACUAUUGCUGUCACUGUUCCCAUUAUUGCUAUCGUUACCGUUACCAUUACUGUCACCAUAACCAUUACCAUGACCAUUACCAAGAGUGUUACCGUUACUAUAAACGUUACUGUUAUCGACAACGUUACCGUCACAGUUAUUGUGACUAUUUUCGAUACUAUUACCGUCACCGUUACCAUAAUCGUUAUCAUUAUCGUUAUUGUAGACAUUAGUGUCACUGUUACUGUCACCGUUACCAUCACCGUUACCCGUGACUGUAACCGUUACUGCCAUUAUCAUCGUCACCGUUAUCAUUACAGUCACCAUUAUCGUCAAUGUCAUUGUUACCAUCAUUGUUUUCGUCAUCAUUUUCAUCACCGUUACUGUCAUCGUUACUGUUACCAUUAUCGUUACUAUUACCGUCAAAGUUAUAGUGAUCGUUACCGUUAUCGUUAUCAUCAUCGUUACUAUCACCAUUACUGA